GGUGGUUAUUAUUAAUAUUAUUGUUUCCACUCAACGUGGUACUCUACCCGCCAAGGCUUUGACCAAUAAACCAGUUUCCAUCUUGGGCAAGGAUGUCUCUACUUGGGUCCAGGACGUAUGGCAUAUUUCCACCACGCAAACAUGGGCAAACGGAUAGGGAGCUUCGUAAACAAUUAAACGAGCGUGGCGCUCCCCGGGAUUCAGCCAUUUUGACCAGAACCGAGCUUGGACUGAUUCAAGAUAUGAUUUCCAGUAACCUUCCCGAGACAUCUUUUUCCUCUUCCUCCCGUGCGGCGGCUUCUCUGCAUGGACGAAACAUAUCUGCAGAGGAAAGGAAGCGGAAGAUGAUGGAAUUUGACGAGGAACGUCGCUGCAAAGGUGAGGAAAACAUAACGGCCGAAGAGGCAGAAAAGGAACGCGAGCGUCAGUUGCAUCUCGAUCGAGCACGCACCAAGUUGGAUGAGGAGUAUGAUGAGACUAGAGCAAUGAACCGUAUUAUUCUAGAGGCUAAAUGUGUUGAGUUGCGUGAAGCACAACGCCUGGAGCGCCAAAAAAUGAAGGAGGAAGAAAAAGAGUACGAAAGGAAAAUGGAUGAAAUGCUUCUGGAGGAGGCAAAAAAGGCGGAAAAGGUGUAUGAAGAACGUGAGCGUCGUCACCUCGAACAGCAGCUCAUCAACUCUAAAGGCAUUAAAGAGCAGCUUAAGGAGCGCGAGCUUGAUCACAUACGCAAGCUGCAAAGACAUCAGCAAGAACAAGAGGCUAUGGCUCAACAUCUGGAGCUACUUCAAGAGGAGCAAAGGGCGCAGCGACUUCGUCGACAAGAGGAGGUGCAACGGUUGAUGGAAGAAGCCACGAUCGCCAACGCAGAACAAGUUGAGCUAAAACGCAGACAUCGCGAGCUCCAAGCAGAAGAAGAACGCCAGAUGGAUGAAUACAUCCGAAAAAAGGAUCAGCAAGAGCAGAUGUUGGCCAAGGAACAACAGAGGAUCGCAAACGAGAAAGAGCGGGAGGUUGCUAAAUUACGGGAAACUCAAGAACAACAACAGGGUAAGCAAUCCCAGUUGGAUGAACUUCGCGCCAAGCGCGUCCAGGAUGCCUACGCGCGCGAACAGCAGCAUAAGGAAAGAGAAGCGGCCGAGCGCAGAGCGGCGGUCUUCGAAGACCUCCAGCGCGUCCGUCAGGAGCAAAUCGCCGAGCAAAAGAACAUAAAGAAAGAGGAAAAGCUUCGCGAGAAAACCGAGCUUGAACGCAUUCUAGCGACACAGAAGGUAGCUACUGAGCAGGAAAAGGCCCAUAGAGCGCAGGUGCGCAAGCUUCGCGAAGAAAAUGCGCUCGCAUUGCUUAAGCAGAUGAUGGAAGUUGAGGAACGCCGACGUCUAGAACGGCAGGAGGUGGUAGAAGAGGGACGCCAAUUCAUGCGCAAAACUCGUGAGCGUCAGGCCGCUCUGAGUGCGAUUCGAGAGCGAAAAUUGCAAGAGCUUGAAGAUAUUCAGGCCCCGGAGAAAUACAAGCAAGCAUUACGCCAUAUCGAAAAGCAUUAGAAUAAUAAAAAAACCUAUAAGCGAGGAUGUAAGAAAGGACAGAGAACACAAGCAUGCGUGCACGGAACUGGCUGUACUACAUCUAAACUUUCCUCACCAAAUUAUCUUCCUUAAUUUAUCAUUUUGUUUCAAUAAAACAUAAUAAAUGUAGAUAGAAACAUACCUUGUAUCAAUUUUGAUGUUAUAAUAAGUGAAGAAUGGUGAAUAAAUACCCUCUUGUAAGUAAUAUUCAUGUUUAAAAGGUUCAUAAUGUCGACUAUAAUCGAAUAAGGGGAUUUUCAUCUCAUUCUAUUCUUGUCUCUUUUUAGCUACAAGGUUUUUAUUAUUAUUCAAGGGUGUCAGAAACUCUUUCGAGGUGAUCCCCUUAUGUUUCUGGAGUUUGUAGUGUAAAACUAGUGUUUUUCCUUUUCGUAUAUACAUAUAUAUAUAUAUAUAUAUAUAUAUAUAUGUGCUAUCAGCUACAUGGGAACUGUACCCACACAUUCAGAAAAAUAAUGAUGGGAGAAAAUUUUAUUCGACAAAAUUCUAUAUAAACGAAGAUGUCUCAUUGACAAAUGAAGGAAUUCAUUAUUUCAUUAGUUCAUGCAUUCCUCUUUCCAAUAUAUAUAGAAACAGCAUGGUUAGUCCUAAACUCAGUACUACUGGCUUGUUACGUAUUGUGACUUAAUAAAGAAAGAACAAAAACACAAGCGAAGAAAAUUUGUUAUCUGUUAUCAAGGGCCAUGGUAUGAAAACACUUGCGCAGAUUUACUAGAGAUUAAACAACCCGGAUGAUAUAUUUGAUUCUUGAAAUAGUGAAGAAAAUAAUGACAGAAAUGAUUAAAAAAAAAGUUGUGAUCAGGUAUUGACAGCUUCACCACACGGCGUGAUGCUGUUAUUUCUCAGUGCAGGAGCAUCUGCUUAGGCUAUGAAUGUACAGUACAAGUUCGUAUGACCAAAAAUCUAUACUUAUUUUGUUGUGGCACUAUUAACCGCAUCAAGGUUAUUCUAAAAAUGUAACUCAGUAGUACAGAUGCAUAUGUAGAUGUUGUAUUAGGCCCGUAUAUUUUAUGGUAAUCUAUUCCAGAAGUAGAUUAUGUAUUUCGAUAUUUUUUUCGCCUUUUUUAAAUUUGUGUAUGUGUGUGUGGGGGGAGGGGGGAAGGGGGAAAGGCUUCCUUCACUAACCUAUAUUAA